UCACAACACAAAAUGAGAUCAUCAACGAUCAUUCUCAUUCUCGCAGCCACACUCCUCCUGGCGGAUGCCCGGCCCGACCCGGAAUCCAACCCGAUCCAGCUCGUGACGGACGGCCGGGUCGGGUCCGUCGUCACCAACUGCCGGAGCUGGCGGUUGGCGUCGGAGGUGAACAACUUCCGGAACUGGCGAGUGGUGCCGGCGCAGUGCGUGAAAUACGUUAAAAACUACAUCACCGACAUCGUCGCCGUCAAGACGCAGUACGAAGCCGACGUCGCCAUGGUGGUGGCGGAGGCCGUCGAAUUUCUCAACUCCGUCCCGCCGACCGCCGGAAAAAACGACACGUGGCUCUUCGACCUCACCGAUACCUUGCUCUCCAGCAUCCCUUACUAUAGCAGCCCCGACGCCAAUUUCGGAGGGAAUGCGUUCAAUCGAACGGCGUUCAACGAUUACAUAAAGGAGGGGAAGAUGCCGGCGGUGCCCGCCAUUAAAGAGCUGUACAACGAAGCUCAGAAGAAGGGUUUCAAAGUCGUGAUUUUGUCGGGAACAAGCGAGGAUCUCAGGGAGGUUCUGGAGGCGAAUUUGAAGAAAGCAGGAUUUGAAAAUUGGGAGAAAUUCAUCCUCAAGAAAAAGCCAUCGAUGCCGACGAGGGAUUUCAAGGCGAGCGAGAGAGCACAGCUGAAGAAAGACGGGUAUAAAGUGAUCGGGAACGUUGGGGAUCAGUGGAUCGAUUUGCUGACGGGGAAGAACGCGGGAAAGCGAGCUUUUAAGAUUCCGAAUGCACUGUAUUAUGUGAAGUGAGUAGCAGGCGCUGUGAAGACGACGACAGCGACGACGUCGUUUUAUCGUCGAGAGGUGUAUUUUUAUAUAAUAAGGUGUAAUUGCAUGUACCGUAGGAAUGACGUACCGGAGAGAAUUGAAGAGGCAUGCAAAGCACCAUUGGCAUGGCUCUUUGUCGUUCAGUACUUCAAUGCUUUUUCUCUUUAAUGUCAUUAUCUUAUGAUAAAAAGAGUUCAAAUA